AUGAUCCUCCUCUUCUGGUUCAUCUGCCUCUUGGGCACACACCUGGCCCUCGCCACGCAUCCUCCGGUAUGCUCGGGCCCUUCUCCGACCAGCCCCAGCUGCGAGUUCCAGGCGCUCAUCAGAGACGCCCACGGCUUCACCCUCACCCUCACCAAGGACAAGCAGGGCCAGCUCGUCGGCAGCGACGUGCCCCUCAACGGGACUUUCCCCGUGCCCGACGGGGACCACACGCUCAUGUACCUGCGGGUCGACGGCGACGGCCACCUCCGUGACCGGGACGAUCAGUGGUGCUGGGCUGUCCCCCCUACGGACACCUUGGUCUGCAGCGCCUUCCCAGACGACGAGCACGACCCCAACUUCGCCAAGCUCGUCGGCCCAGACCGCUGGGCCCUCGACGACGACGGCCGGCUGCUCCUGGUCGGCGACGGCUUCCUCGUCGUCGGCACCGGCACCGGCACAGCCAACGGCACGAAGCGCGAGGCCGCAGCGGAAGCGGCCGGGGUAGCGGCGGCGGGACAACGACGACGACGACGACGACGACGACGGCGCCACCAGUCGCGCGAGUUCGUCGCCUGCCCUACCGGCGGGCCCCGGCGCGAGGUCAAGCUGUACCUCGACUCGGGCGCGCAGCCGGCCGGCGCGCCGUGCAAGCUCGUCAGCCUCACGGCCGACGGGUGCUUCUGCGGCCGGCCGGCGGCCAACUACACCGCCGAGCACCCGCCGCCGCUGCAGGUGUUCCCGCUCACGCUGCUGGGCACGUCGGCGUCGGCCGCCACGGCCACGGCCACGAGCAUAUAA